UUUCAUAAUUACUCCUAAUACAUUUUUAUAUUAUCAGAAAUUAUUACUUACAAGCAGGCUACAGACUCUUUCAAGAUUUUGAGCUUGUUCUUCUUCUUUCUUCUCCUAUAAAUUAAACUUAUAGCUUAAUAUCACUCCAGGUAAUACAAAACACUCAAAGAAAAUGUCUAAUGUUGCUCUUCAGUUCUUAAAGAAUCUUUGUUUUCAUCCCCUCUCCCUCCCGUUCAUACUCUUCUUAUUCUUCCUCUACAAAUGGCUAAAUAAAAAUCCUGCUAGAAGCAAAAAACUGCCACCCUCCCCAAGAAAGUUGCCAGUUAUAGGCAACCUUCACCAGCUUGGAAAAUUCCCACACCGCUCGCUGAACUCCUUAUCUAAACGAUAUGGAGAAGUGAUGUUAAUUCACCUCGGAAGCACUCCCUCCUUCGUGGUCUCGUCUACAAGUGCAGUUUGCGAUAUCAUGAAGACACAUGAUGCCAUCUUCUCCAAUAGACCUAAAACACGGAUCGCGAGCAAGAUCAUCUACGGCGGAAAAGACAUAGUCUUUUCACCUUAUGGAGAAUAUUGGAGGCAAAUAAGGAGCAUUUGUGUCCUACAGAUUUUCAGUAACAAAAAGGUUCAGUCCUUCUGGAAAGUAAGAGAAGAAGAAGUCACUCUGGUGAUUGAAAUGAUCAAGAGAUCAGAACAGUCACCAUUGAAUAUGAGUGAGAUUUUCAUGAUGUAUUCAAGCAAUGUGUUGUGUAGGACAGCCUACGGAAAGAAGUAUGCUGGAGAAGUGGGAACCGACUUUAAGCAACUUCUAAAGGAGUUUGUGGAAGUCAUGGCGGUGUUCAGUAUGGGAGAUUUCAUACCCUGGCUUGGUUGGAUUGAUCGACUUAGUGGUCUGGAAAGUCGGGUGGACAAAGUUGCUAAAGAGUUUGAUGAAUUCCUUCAACAUGUAGUCCAAGAGCAUCUCGAUAAUAAGAUCGACAAAGAAGAGAUUGAAAAAGAUUUUGUGGAUAUUUUGCUGGAUGUUCAGAGGGAAAACACAGCUUCUCUUUCCAUGGACAACAUCAAAGCAAUUGUACUGGAUAUGUUUGCUGCUGGGUCCGACACUACCUUUACACUAUUAGAGUGGGCAAUGACAGAGCUGCUGAGGCAUCCCCGAGUUAUGAAGGAACUGCAAGAUGAAGUUAGGGGAAUCGUUAAAGAAAAAACAAUGGUAUCUGAAGAUGAUUUGGAAAAGUUGAAGUACUUGAAAGCAGUGAUCAAAGAAGUACUUAGGCUACAUCCUCCACUCCCAUUGCUUCUGUUUCGGUAUCCGUCCCAGGAUGCCGAAAUAAAUGGGUAUGACAUUGCUGCAGGGACACAAGUAAUCAUCAACGCAUGGGCGAUACAGAGAGACCCAAAAUAUUGGGAAGAACCUGAGGAGUUCCGUCCAGAAAGGUUCCUGAACUCGUCAAUAGACUUCAAGGGGCAGGAUUUCCAAUUGAUUCCAUUUGGAGCAGGAAGAAGAGGUUGCCCAGGGAUACCUUUUGCUUCAGUCACUGCUGAGCUAGCAUUAGCAAAUCUUGUUUACUCGUUUGAUUGGAAAUCAGCCAAUGGAGCUGAAGAUGAGGCUUCUGAUGUGCCUGAAAACCCGGGCAUAACAAUCAACAGACGAGAUCCUCUAAUGGCCGUUGCAACUUCGCAUUCUUGUAGCUUGAAACAUCCUGGACAUAUCUAACAAGAUUACAAGAAUCAUCAUAUGCACAAGACAGUAGACCCAACUGUAUCUAUUCUCCAACAAUAGCACUUAUGUGUUCUAGCUUGUUUAAAUCCUUUCGAUGUUAAUUUAUUAAAUAUAAUGUGGCAUGUUGAUUGUAAUGUUUUAUGCACUCAAUAAUACCAGAGUAUCAUGGCAUAUUGUACUAA